CCCUGGGAAGAUGGCGGUGAUCGGUCUACUGUUGCUGAUGCUGUCGGUGCUCGGUGAGGGGGGGAGAGCGGAGCCCGGAGCGGGCCCCCCAUUGCGAGUGUACGGACAGGUCAGCCUCAAUGACUCUCACAAUCAGAUCGUCGUCCACUGGGCCGGAGAGCAGAGCAACGUCAUUCUGGGACUGACCCGGGGCGGCCUGGGCUCGGGGGCCACGAAAAACAGCAAUGUCUACGUCUCCUACGACUACGGGAAAAGCUUCAAGAGGAUCUCGGAGAAGUUCCUCCACAACAAUGGGAACGGCGACGUGGCCACCAUGGAGCAGUUCUUCCACAGCCCCGCAGACAACAAGAGGUACAUCUUUGUGGACACGGACGCGUCCUACCUCUGGAUCACCAUGGACUUCUGCGUUGCCAUCAGGGGGUUCUCCGUCCCCUUCAAGCCUACCGAGCUUCUCCUCCACAGCACGGACCCCAACCUGGUCCUCGGGUACGACAAAUCCCACCCCAACAAGCAGCUGUGGAAGUCGGAGGAUUUCGGUCAGACGUGGAUAAUGAUCCAGGAACACGUGAAGUCUUUUUACUGGGGUCUCGCUCCUCUUGACAAGCCGAACACGGUUUACGUUGAACGCCACGAGCCUCGCGGCACCUCCAUCGUCCUGCGCAGCACCGACUACUUCCAGUCUCGGGACAACUCGGAGAUCAUAAUCGAGAACGUGGACGGUUUUCAGCUCCGGGAGAGUUACAUGUUCGCCACGAAGACGGUGCAUCUGUUGGGCAGUAAGGACCCCUUCUCGGCGCAGUUAUGGGUUUCGUAUAACCGCAAGCCAAUGAGAUCAGCCCAGUUCAUCACCCGCCACCCAAUCACUGAAUAUUACAUUACGGAUGCCUCGGAGGAUCAGGUGUUUGUAUGCGUCACGCACAGCAACAACAUAACCAACCUGUACAUAUCGGAGGUGGAGGGCCUGCGCUUUUCUCUCUCGCUGGAGAAUGUGAUCUACGUCAAUCCGGGAUCGGGGAAGGACACUCUGGUCAGGUAUCUGGAGAACGAGCCGUUUGCCGACGUCCAUCGCGUGAAGGGCGUUAAGGGCGUAUACAUCGCCAACGUGUUAAACAAACCGCCCUCCAAAGAGAACGUGGCCACCGUCAUCACCUUCGACAAAGGCGGGACCUGGGAAUUUAUUUUGGCUCCGGGAUACACCAGUUACACGGACACCACCCACUGCCCGAGCCCGAAGGACUGUCAUCUGCACUUGGCACAGCCUCGCAGUCAGGUGGCCUCCCAGGGUCGCGUCAUGCCCAUUGUCUCUAAGGAUUCGGCCCCGGGGAUAAUCGCAGCGACUGGUUCGGUUGGGAGGGACACGAUCAGUAAAAUCAAUCUGUAUGUUUCAAGCAGUGCCGGUGUUCGAUGGAGAGAGUCUCUUCUAGGAGCGCACUAUUGCACUUGGGGCGACCAUGGCGGCAUUCUCAUGGCGAUUGCUCAAGGUGUCGAGACCAACCAAUUGAAGUACAGCACAAACGAGGGAGAGACGUGGAAAACCUUCAACUUCUCAGACAGCACGCUCAUCGUGUACGGCCUGCUGACCGAACCCGGGGAGAAAAGCACAGUGUUCACCAUCUUCGGAUCCUAUGUCGGAGGGGGACACAGCUGGGUCAUAUUACAGGUCAACACAAGUGACGUCCUCGGCGUGCCGUGCACAGAAAAUGACUAUAAGUUGUGGUCGCCCUCUGACGAGCGAGGCAACGAGUGCUUAUUGGGGAGAAAGACCGUUUUCAAGAGACGAACGCCCCACGCCACCUGCUUCAAUGGAGAAGAUUUCGAUCGGCCAAUUACUUCUUCCAACUGCUCCUGUACAAGGAAAGACUUUGAGUGUGACUACGGCUUCAAGCUCAAUCAAGACCUGAGACUGGAGGACUGUGUUCCCGACCCUGAAUUUGCUGGGAAGCUGUACCCCAUACCCUCGCCCUGCCCUGUGGGCACCUCGUACAAGAGGAGCAGAGGUUAUCGCAGGAUUUCCGGAGACACGUGUUCCGGGGGAGAUGUGGAGACCCGACUGGACGGAGAAGACGUCCCGUGUCCUGUGGGAGAGGAGAAUGAGUUCAUCCUGUACGCCAUGAGGAACGCCAUAUUCCGCCACGACCUCUCCUCUGGGGUCAGCGAGGAACUGCCGCUGAAGGGUCUACGGGGUGCGGUGGCUUUGGAUUUUGACUACGACAGUAACUGCUUGUACUGGGCGGACGUCACGUUGGACAUUAUUCAGCGUCUGUGUCUAAAUGGCAGCACCGGGCAGGAAGUCCUAGUCCGAGCCGGAUUGGAAACCGUGGAAUCCCUGGCAUUUGACCCCAUCAGUCACUUACUUUAUUGGCUUGACGCUGGCAGUAAGAAAAUUGAAGUUGCCAACCCAGACGGGGACUUACGACUGACUGUUCUCAAUUCCUCCAUCUUGGAAAGGCCCAGAGCUUUGGCGUUGGUUCCACAGGAAGGGUUGAUGUUUUGGACGGACUGGGGUGAUGAGAGACACGGCAUCUACAAGAGCGAGAUGGACGGUACCUCUGUGAGUCAUCUAGUCUCCGACGGCAUCAAAUGGCCCAAUGGGAUCUCUGUGGAUGAGAACUGGAUCUACUGGACUGAAGCUUACAUGGACCGGAUAGAGAGAAUAGACUUCAACGGACAGCAGAGGAUGGUGAUCCUAGACAACCUGCCCCAUCCCUAUGCCAUAGCGGUGUUCAAGAACCAGAUCUACUGGGAUGACUGGUCCCAGCUGAGCAUCUUCAGGGCAUCCAAGUACAAUGGCGCCCAGACGGAGGUUCUGAUUGGCCGGCUGUCUGGUGUCAUGGACAUGAAGAUAUUCUACAAAGGAAAAUGGGAAGGUGAGAACGCCUGCUCAUCCCACCCCUGCAGCCUGCUGUGCCUGCCCAAAGCCAACAAAGGCCGAGCAUGUCGAUGUCCAGAUGGAGGGAAGCAGCAGGUGUUGCCCAGCGGGGAGGUGCAGUGCGACUGCCCACAGGGGUACCAGCUGAAGAACAGAACCUGUGUGAAGAUGGAGAACACGUGUCUGCCCAGCCAGUACCACUGCAGUAACGGCAACUGUAUCAGCAGCAUCUGGCAGUGUGACAAUGACAACGACUGCGGAGACAUGAGCGACGAGAAAGACUGCCCAACCACGUCAUGUGACCCGGAUACACUGUUCCGGUGCCAGGAAUCAGGGACCUGCAUUCCGCUCUCCUAUAAGUGUGACCUGGAGGAUGACUGUGGAGACAACAGCGAUGAGAGCCACUGUGAGGCACACCAGUGUAAGGAUGAUGAGUUUAACUGUAGCUCCGGUAUGUGUAUCCGCCAAUCCUGGGUAUGUGAUGGGGACAACGACUGCAGGGACUGGUCCGACGAGGCCAACUGCUCAGCUAUCUCCCAUACCUGUGAGCCAUCCAGUUUUCAAUGUCAUGACAGCCACUGCAUCCCCCAGAGGUGGGUGUGUGACGGCGACAGCGACUGCCAGGACGGCUCUGACGAAGAUCACAGCAUCUGCGAGAAGAAGUGUAAUGGUUUCCGCUGCAGAAAUGGGACGUGUAUCCCGCUGGGCAAACACUGCAAUGGUGUGAUGGACUGUCCUGAUGGGGAAGAUGAGCAAACUUGUGAACCCCUGUGUACACGCUACAUGGAUUUCGUGUGCAAGAACCGCCUGCAGUGCUUGUUCCACGCCAUGGUGUGUGACGGAGAGACGCAGUGCCGCGACGGGUCUGACGAGGACCCUGUGUAUGCCGGAUGCUCUCGGGGUCCAGAGUUUAAGAAGAGCUGCGAUCCAAUGAGCUUCUCGUGUCAGAACGGCGUCUGUAUCAGCCUGGCGUGGAAGUGCGACGGGAUGGACGACUGCGGAGAUUACUCGGAUGAAGCGAACUGCGAGAACCCUACAGAUACCCCGGCCUGCGCCCGCCUCUACCAGUUCCAGUGCGAGAACAGGCAUUGUAUUCCCACACGGUGGAAGUGCGAUGGGGAGAAUGACUGCGGGGACUGGUCAGAUGAGAAGGACUGUGGGGAGACUAUUCCGCAGACCACUGUGAGACCUUCCACAUGUCCUGCCAACCACUUCCGCUGUGACAACGGGGUCUGCAUCAUGAACACCUGGGUGUGUGACGGCUACAAGGAUUGUAUCUAUGGCUCUGAUGAAGAGGGAUGCCCCUCAACCGUGAACUCCACGCUGCCCACCACCACGUCACAUGGCCGCUGCAGCCCCUUCGAGUUUGAGUGCCAGAAAUCAAAGUACUGUGUACCCAAAUGGAAGCAGUGUGAUGGCUUCCGAGAUUGCCAGGAUGGAACAGACGAACUUCGGUGCCCCACUCACAGACCUUCUACCUGCCCGAACGGAACCCUAUGUGAAGACGGCGAAGCCUGCUUACCUCUGUCAGACCGAUGUGAUGGAUUCCUGGACUGCUCUGACAGCAGCGAUGAGAACAACUGUACCGAUGAUAGCGUCGUGUACAAGGUACAGAACCUCCAGUGGACGGCCGAUUUCUCCGGAAAUAUAACCCUGACUUGGGCUCGACCGAAGAAGAUGCCGCUGGCGUCCUGCAUUUAUUUCAUCCUUUACAGGGUUAUCGGGGAGAGCACAUGGAAGAUAGUAGAUACACACAGCUACAAGACGGCCUUCGUGUUAAAGAUCCUGAAGCCGGACACCACCUACCAGGUCAAAGUGCAGGUGCAGUGCCUGCGCAAAAUGCACAACAGCAACGACUUCAUCACCCUGAGGACUCCUGAGGGGUUCCCUGAUGCACCUCAGCACCUCCAGCUCUCCUUGAAUAAAAAUAUUCCCCUCACCAUCACCGGCUGCUGGUCUCCCCCUGCAAACACUCAUGGGCUCAUCCGAGAGUAUGUGGUAGAGUACAGCGUAAACUCAGCCAAGGUGUGGACGUCCUACAGUACGCAGAACCUUUGCUACGAUAUCAAGUUCCAGGAGACCGGCUCCGUCUACCUGAUGAGGGUAGCUGCCAUCACCAGCAGAGGAAUGGGGGAAUGGAGCGACACCAAGACGAUCACCACUGACUGGAAAAAAGUUGUGCCGCAGCCCACCAUCAAAAUCCAGAAUGUCGGGGAGGACUCGGUGGAUAUCACGGUGAAAGAAGACUCGGAUAUUCAGAUAACGGGCUAUACAGUGACUCUAUGGUGGGAGUUUGAUGAACACGUGCGGGAGAACACCGUUCUGGAGCUUGUCGGACAGUCUGUGACACAGAAAGUGGGCAAUCUAACGGCGCAGACUGCGUACGAGAUCUCGGCUUGGGCCAAGUCUGACUUCGGAGAGAGCCCGGUGGCCUUCGAGCAUUUCAACACCACGGGCACCAGACUGCCUGCGCCGAGCCUUAAGGUGAAAGCGACCAAUCAGACAGCGGUGGAGUGCAGCUGGGUUGGCGUGAAGAACGUGACUUAUGGAUUGUUCUACGCCACGUCCUUCCUCGAGCUCUACCGCAACCCUCAGAGCAUCACGACGACGCUACACAACGUCACCAUCAUGGUGAACAGAGACGAGCAGUACUUGUUCCUGGUCCGCAUUAUCUGCCCUUAUAGGGGCCCCCCAUCCAAUUAUGUUGUGGUCAAAAUGAUUCCCGACAACCGCUUACCGCCUCGCAACCUGCACGCCGUGUACACCGACAAAGCAUUCGCUGUAAUGAAAUGGGAGUCUCCGUACGAUUCGCCGGACAGUGAAUUGUCCUACAUCGUGUCUGUGAAGGAUCUGAUCAAAAAGACAGAGAAGAGCUACAAAGUGAUUACUCAGAACAGCACGAUAGAGUACAGGAUUGGAAACCUGGAGCCAGGCGGCAAAUACAACGUCAUCGUUCAGCUGCGGAACAUGAGCAAAGAAGCCAGCGCUAAAGUGAGCACAGUUCCUCUCUUGGCACCAGAAGGCCUGAAGCUCGUCUAUGAGAGAGAUCACAUUUUGCUGUUCUGGAAGAGCCUGGCCCUGCGAGAAAAAUUCUUCAAUGAGUCCAGAGGCUACGACAUUCACAUGUAUGACAGCUCUAGUAAUAUAUCUAUCAACCUCGGAAACACCAGCGACAACUACUUCCGAAUCUCCAACCUGAAGCCCGGCCAUAACUAUACCUUCACCGUGCAGGCGCGAUGUCUAUAUGGCGAUCAGCUCUGCGGGGAGCCGGCGCUGCUCCUCUUUGAUCAGCUCGGGACUGGCAUGGACGCCCAGCCCUCCACCGGUGUCCAAUCCACGGAUGUCGCCGCUGUCGUCGUCCCAGUCCUAUUCCUGCUGCUAGUGGCCACCGGCUGCGGUUUCGUCAUACUGUACAUGCGGCACCGGCGGCUGCAGAACAGCUUCACAGCGUUUGCCAACAGUCACUACAGCUCACGUCUGGGGGCCGCCAUCUUCUCCUCCGGAGACGACAUAGGUGAGGACGAUGACGACGCGCCGAUGAUCACCGGCUUUUCCGACGACGUCCCGAUGGUCAUAGCAUGAAUCUGCGCUCCCCUCUCCGGUUCAUACCAAAUGGUGUAAAUAUUUCUUCUCCCAGGAAGUUGUGGGAUCGUUUCCUUGUUUUAUUGUUUUAAAAGAUGCACUUUGAGUUGCAAUAUCUUAUUUUUAUAUGGGCCAAAAAAAUAUGAACUUUGUAAUUACUUAACUGUGAAAUGCAAAAACGUGUUUAAUAACCAAA